ACUACUUUAAAUAUCAAUUGGAAACAAAUGUCCCAAAAAGUUGAGUGUCCUGUUUGUUGCCAUGCCUUUCACCCCUCUGUGAUAUCUGAGCAUGUGAACAUGUGCCUCAACAAUGAGGAACAGGAUAUUGACCAGACACUGACAGUUGCUAUGGAGCCUGACAGUAAGAAAAGGAAAAGUUCUGACUGGAGUUUUUUAUCAAUGAAUAAAAGAUCAGAGUGCAAGAAAAAAUGUGAUCAAGCUACACAUGAACAGAAGAUUUGUUCUAGUUCAAGCAAGACAGAGGAAUCUGCAAGCCUUCCUGGCAUAAGCCAAAAAUCUGCCAAUGUUAAUGGUCAGUCCUCAAACAAUAUUCCUUUAGCUGAAAGAAUGCGUCCACAAAGUUUUGAAAAUUUUGUUGGUCAAGAAAAUUCAGAAGGAAAGCAAAGUUUGCUAAUGCAAGUACUUAGUCACAGUAACCAUUUACCAUCACUUAUUUUACAUGGGCCUCCAGGUUGUGGCAAGACAACAUUUGCCAAAAUUAUUGCUCACAAGGUGAAAGCCAAGGGCAAUAUCAAAUUUGUGACAUUGUCAGCAACAACCUGUAGUGUCAGUGAUGUUAAAGAAGUCGCCAAAGUUGCUGCCAAUGACUUGAAAAUGCUUCACAGGAGAACAGUUUUAUUUCUCGAUGAAAUUCAUAGAUUUAACAAAUCUCAGCAAGACACAUUGCUUCCUUAUGUAGAGGAUGGGACACUUACAUUGAUUGGAGCUACAACAGAAAACCCAUCUUUCCAUGUCAACUCAGCUUUACUCAGUAGAUGUAGAAUUGUUACAUUUGACAAACUAAAUAUGGACAGUGUAAAGAAGAUUAUCACCAGAGCAUUGACACUAUUGGGAGUUUCACUUAUUACACCUGGGGAGGCGACUAGCACUGAGAAUCCAGAGUUGACAGAUUCUGACAGGCCCUCAGCUCUAGGCAUGGAAGUAGAAGCUGUCGAUACUUUAGCCGGACUAGUAGAUGGCGAUGCCAGGGCAGCAUUGAAUGGGUUACAGCUGUCUAUAGAAGGACUGCUGGCCAGAGAGUCCCAGAUUUCUAACUCUAAACUCACUAUAACGCCAGCUGUUGUGAGAGAAGCCCUUCAGCGCUCUCACAUACUGUAUGAUAAAUCAGGGGAAGAGCACUACAACACAGUCUCAGCACUAAUUAAAUCCAUGAGAGGGUCAGAUGCCAGUGCUGCCCUCUACUGGAUGACUAGAAUGUUAGAAGGAGGAGAGAAUCCACUUUUUAUUGCUAGACGAUUAGUAAUCUUUGCUAGUGAGGACAUAGGUCUUGCUGAUCCUGCUGCACUUAACUUAGCUGUUGCUACCCACCAGGCAUGUCAGUUCAUUGGAAUGCCAGAAUGCAAUUUGAAUUUGGCCCAUUGUGUCAUUUACUUGGCCAGAGCUCCCAAGUCAACAGAAGUGCUACAAGCUCUGCAGGCUGCCAGGAAGUGUGUUCAGAGCCAUCAGGGUGCUCUACCUCCAGUACCUCUCCAUCUUCGCAAUGCCCCAAACAAGUUUUUGAAAAAUUUAGGUUACGGUGAAGGUUAUAAAUAUCCUCCUGCCUAUAGUGGACCAGUUGACCAGUGCUACUUUCCACCAUCGCUUGCUGGCACAGAUUUUUUCAGCAAAGGCAGCUGACAAAGAUUCUAGCUUUUUUUUUUUUUCUUCUUAAAAUAUAAAAUCUUUUUUUUUUUUUGUUUGUUUGAUCAUCAAUGUUUAAUUGAAGAGAGAAAUUUCUAUUUCUAAUCUGAUAAAUGAUAAUAAACUCAAUAUUGCUGUUGACAAUGUUUUUUUGACUUCAUUAUUUUAAUUUAUAAUAUGUAAUAACUAGAUUUGGCUUAACCUUAUUAAUUUUAAAAAAAAGGUAAAGUUAUCCCUUCCAGACCUUUCUAUCUAAGGAGCAGAUGAUUUAAAGCUCAUCUGUUUCUAUGGCUAAUGAGGAUGUAAUAUGGCCAGCACAACUACCAAAGGCCAUUACUUUCUUCAAGUGAUGUCAAGUAUCCUUUAGAGUUGGGUGGUAACCAGUGGUGCUCCAACACUGAAGUUGAAAAACAAAAAAGUCUUCACCAGAAUUUGUCCUCAAGACCCUUCUGUUAGGUAGCCAAACACUUUACCAGUUGGCCAUCAUUUAAAAGAUUUUAUCUUUAUCCAUGAUUGAUUCUGCCCAGUGUUUUUAAGGUUUCUUCACAUUUCUGUAAAUAGCAAUGUAAUACGACUGGCCAAGAGUACAAUGAUUGAAGUUGCUAUUCUGAAAAAUUAUUUCAACUGUUUAUUAAAUGCAUACUUACAGAGCAGACCGAAAAAAAGAUUUUAUUGUACAAAGUAGUUAAGAAUCAAUUAUGUUUUUACAGGGCAGAUAAGAAAAAAAAUAAAUUAAUGAUACAAAUGAAAUUAAGACUAUUUACAAGGCAUCCGUUAUUGUUUUUUUUUUGGAAGUUUGUUUUAAAUCAUUAGUUUAAAUGUCUCUUUCAGAACAUUGCAUUAGAAAUAAUCUUUAAAAAAGUGACAAAAGCAUGUAGAUAAUUGAUGUGCCUUUGAAGACAGAACAGAUGCUGACACUCAUCUUCAUAAUUGGAGACUGUACAUCUAUAUUUAUUCAACUCCUUUCUUGUUACAUACGCUAGGACAAAUUUGUACAAAUAAUAAUUCUUCCCUAGUGCUAUUAGAGCAUGGGAUGGGCUGCAUGAAUCAGCCAGGAAACCAACGACUUAGCAGAGUUUUAAGUCAUUGUUACUUGCACA